AUGCAAAGAUACCUCCAAUUUGUGGAUCGCUAUUUUACUCCCUUGUAUCAAUUAAAUGUAAAAGGCAAAGCCUUAGAAGAUCACCUAAUUUUACAGCAUAGCAAUAGAAUAUGUAUCGUUGCUGUUGCUCCAUCGCAUGCCAUGUUUCAAUGCCGCAGAAAGAUUACCAAUGUCGAUUUUCAAGUGACAUCAAAACUGAAUCGUUUAGAUAAUAAAGUAUCAGGAAAGAGAAAACGUGGAGCUCAAAUGGUCAAUGAAACUUCUCCUCUGUGUCACAUUACUUGUGAUGAUGGAAGCAAGUAUACUAUUAGUAGUUGCGUCAAAGGCAAACUUAUUGAAAUUAAUGAAUUAUUAAUAGAAAAUCCAGAUCUACUUGCAGAAAAGCCAUGUACUGAAGGCUUCAUCGCUGUAAUCUUGCCUCGUAAAGUCAAUCGCGACAAAAAUGGUGAUGACCCUAUACUAGGUGAUGGCUUUCUUAGUAAAGAAAGUUAUUGUAAAGCCAUUGCUGAUAGAGUGUCUGACUGAAAUAUUUCAAAUGUCAAUUCGCCAUUUUUAAUUGCAUACACCUAAAGUCAAAUGAUUCGUAUCGAUUUCAUUGACUUAUUGUAAAUACUGUACGUGUCGGAUUUCGUUCCAUAAAGAUAUUAGAUGCUGUAAAAAAAACUGCGGUGAAACUGAUUUUUUAGCGACGUUAUAAACGUUUAUUUAAAAAACGUAGCCUACAUUGAAGCUAAAUAGUAAUGACAGUAUCAGCUACUAAUGCCUAAAUUCUGAUGAAUCCAUAAGCAUUCAAGAAAUAAAUUGUGAUA